UCUAUUGCCAGCUGAAAACCAAUGCCAGAGUGCUGCACUACGAGCACUGUUUGUUCGGUCUCUAGAGCCCCUCGCCGACGAUGUACUGUGAUUUGCAACGUGUGGUUUCAUUUGUGGAAAAUUGAGUGAAGAAUUGUAUAAAGUCGGUUGUGGCUCGCGAGAAGGAAUGGCCAUGACGCUCCAAGGAUCUGUCUUGUCCAAUGGAAAUGCUGCCACCAACCGUGUUCCUCUCACACUGGAAUCGAGCAGCAAAGACUCAGCUGAUGUGUACCUCAACGAGGCCAGCAAUGGUUUUGGUGAUUGUGUAAAGAAUGGAUUGAACAGUGCUGAACCUGUUGAGGAAGUUAAAGAAACACCUAGUGAUGAGCCGGUCAUUGAUAUUACUAUCAACAAUGUGGUAUGCAGUUUCAGUGUAAAAUCCUAUCUCAAUUUGAAGCAGAUAGCCCAGAAUGGGUAUAAUGUUGAGUACCGUAGAGAAAAUGGGAUGGUAACCAUGAGAUUACGGAAACCCUACACCACAGCCUCAAUCUGGUCUUCUGGGAAAGUAACUUGCACAGGGGCGACAAGUGAGGAUGAGGCCAAGCAGGCCGCCAGGCGAAUCACGCGUUCGGUCUCUAAACUAGGCUAUCCCAGAUUACGCCUAGUGAAUUACAGAGUAGUCAAUGUUCUGGGAACUUGUACAAUGCCUUUUGCGAUUAAAAUUACGCCUUUUUCAGCCAAACACAGAGAUAUCGCCAGUUAUGAACCUGAAUUGCAUCCUGGUGUUACCUAUCGUCUCAAGGAACCAAAAGCAACCUUAAAGAUCUUUUCGACCGGUAGCAUUACAGUUACAGCGCCUUGCGUAGGUAACGUCCAAUCAGCCAUCGAACACAUAUACCCCUUGGUGUUUGAAUUUCGUAAAGAACGAUCUCCCGAAGAUAUACGAACAAUGCAAGCUACCAAACGGUCCCGUGGACUGAAACGCAAAUGUUCCUCUGAUUUUGGUUUCGGAGCAGACGAUGACUGUUUCGCUGUAGACGUUGACGAUGAAGAAGAAGAUGAGGAAGAAGCCUUUGAUAGUGACCAGAGCCAUGAUUAGAACACAGCAAAUCAUUAAUUAGAAUGUCACAGCAAUCGAAUCGUGGGACGAGUCGUGACAAGCUGAUCGGACUCGUGGAACUAUCUCUGGUGCUUCUCCUUCCUGAAUCCGUUUGGCCUCUUCGCUGUCAGUACGACCAAACCUUUCAGCUUUCACUUUUUCGAUCCCAACGAUCUUGUGUACUAUCAUAUUUUUUUCUCUCCAUCCCCUGCUUCCCGUGGUCUCGCUGUUCGACUUUCAGCUAUCAUUUUUUCGAGGCGGAAUCACCUUUUAUUCGCGACCUAGAUUUGGUUGACCGUAUCGAGGUUAAAACUUGUUCAUUUUUUUUUUCUUCUCUCUCUUUUUUUUUAAUCCCAUGAAUACUCUUCUCGAUUUUGGUAGUCCAGAUCAACCAAAAGUCUGUUGACUUAAGCUAAAGGUCGCGCGUCAGAUGUGAAACAGUCUUCCGCUCCUUGGACAUUGCAACUUUUGAAUUCUGACAAAAAGGAGUUGACGGCAUCAGCAUUCAAACUCUAAUUUAACCCACACAAGCGAUUUUUCAUCCUCUUUUUCGUCUGAAGAAAGUAUACCCAUUUGCGAAGAGACGGCAAGCACUUGUCAAAAUGGGGCGAAAAAAAUUAAUGAUUAGGUCCAGCUGAUUUUGAAAUCCUACUCCUAUUUACCGUUGACUGUAGUUUGAAGAUUUCGAUUUCAUUCUUCGAAAUGGUGCUUAAGGCUCUCGGCCUGCUUGAGUAUCCUUGAUUUGUCUUUCGUUUUUUCUUUCUCGAAUGCGCCCCGUGUUAUAGUCUACCAUGUAAAAUAACGCUCUUCUGGAACAUGGGCGCGUGCCCAAUUUUUCGUGUAAAACAUGGAACAAACAUUUUGGUUCGCAGGUCCGCUUUUUCUGCCCCCCUCUCAACACAGAAACUGACGUAUCCUUUUUCCCUAUUGAAAACUAAGAUCCACCCAGAAGAUUCAGAACACAAGGAGUCAUCAGAAUCGUUCAAACUAUGUCUUUUUUUUUUUGCCCUUCACGAAACUUUAGACUGCAAAGUUCAGUCUCCAAUUUGCCCUCCGAUUGCUCCUCAGCUCUCCCCUCCCCCCUGAAAGCGGGUAGAAUUGCCUCAGUUCAGCGAGCAAUAACAAUCGGAUGAUACCAAUGCUUGUGAGUGAGUGUGCGAAUGUGUGUGCGUGAGUGUGCGUGUCAACCUACCUUCCAAUCGUCCUUGCCCAUAUUGGUCGGUUCUCAAUAAACGAGAUUUUCCAGAUUA